AAUGAGUCUGACAGCAAAGGACAAAUCUGUGGUCAAGGCCUUCUGGGGCAAGAUUAGUGGAAAGGCAGAUGUCGUCGGUGCUGAGGCUUUGGGGAGGAUGCUGACUGCUUACCCCCAGACUAAGACCUACUUCUCCCACUGGGCAGACCUGAGCCCCGGCUCUGGGCCAGUCAAGAAGCAUGGAGGCAUCAUCAUGGGUGCAAUUGGUAAAGCAGUCGGACUGAUGGACGACCUCGUGGGGGGAAUGAGUGCUCUCAGCGAUCUGCACGCCUUCAACCUGCGCGUUGACCCUGGAAACUUCAAGAUCCUGUCCCACAACAUCCUUGUGACCCUGGCUAUUCACUUCCCUUCUGAUUUCACUCCCGAAGUGCACAUUGCUGUGGAUAAAUUCCUUGCAGCCGUGUCCGCUGCCCUGGCUGACAAAUACAGAUAAGACCAUCAUGAAAGUCCAUCAUUUGAUUCCAG